UCAUAGUAAAUUUGCGCAUGUUUGCACGAUUAUUUGUAAACGAAAUAACCUUAAAGUUUCAUUAGGUGUUCAUUAGAAAAGAUUAAAAGAAAGAAAAAUACGCACAGACAUUCCAAAUGGGGAAGAAAAAUAAGGAUACUCUUGGACGUUCCUUAAUCAAAGAUAGAUUUGCUAAAAAUCGACAUCGACGUCAUGUAGAAGAUAAUACUAUGCUGCACACAACAGAAGUUAAUGAUGGAUACGAAUGGGGGAGACUCAACUUGCAAUCAGUCACAGCGGAAUCAUCUCUACAAGAAUUUUUGUCUACAGCGGAAUUAGCAAAUCGAGAAUUUAUCGCAGAGAAGCUUAAUGUGAAAUACGUCAAGUCCGCUCCAAGUGCUGUGGAACUGCAAACUUCACAACCCGAUUUUGAUGAACCAUUAACAGUCCCAAGAAGACCACCAUGGCGCCCAGGUAUCACAGCAGAGGAACAAAUAAGCAGAGAGAAGGACUCCUUCCUGGACUGGAGGCGUCACCUCAAUGAAUUGCAAGCUUCACUCGGAGCGGCCGUCACACCGUAUGAACGGAAUAUUGAGUUGUGGAAGCAAUUGUGGAGGACACUCGAGAAGUCUGAUGUGGUACUGCUUCUUUUGGAUGCUAGGAAUCCGUUGUUAUUCAGAUGUUUAGAUCUAGAAAAAUAUGCAACUGAACAAAAGUGCAAGAUUAUUCUUUUAUUAAACAAAGCUGAUUUGACUACAGAAUAUGUUCGAAAAUGCUGGGCUGAAUACUUCACAAAAGAGAACAUAUCAAUAAUAUUUUUCUCAGCCGCAAAGACAACAAAAGAGAGGAAAAUAUCAGAGGAGGAGAAAAUAGAAAAACCAGACACCAAUAUUGACUCUGGCACAGAAUCUAUCUCUGAUGAUGAUGAUGUUUCUGAUGAAGAAACAAAACCAGAUGAAAUAAAAGAAACAGAAGAUGACAUAGAAACAUUCAAAAAACAUUUGGGAGUUAUAAAUGAAGCCGUUACAAGCACAGCUAAUAAACUAGACGCAAUUCAAAUAGCGUUAGAUAAGGUUAUGGAAAAUCUGAGAUUAGAGAAACCUAUAGAGCCUUUUGAAGUGAAAGAAUCAGAAAAAAUUGAUAAACUAGAAAGUAUUAGUGAAUAUAUUGAAUCAAAUGUUGGCAAUGUUUGUAAUUCACAUGAAAUAUUUGGGAGGGAUAAAUUAUUGGAGGUUCUGAAGGCUAUGAAAGUGGAUAAAUUGAAGAAUCCUCCUAGAUUGACUGUGGGCAUGAUUGGUUAUCCUAAUGUGGGGAAAUCUAGUACUGUCAAUGUGUUAAUGCAGACUAAGAAAGUUAGUGUUAGUUCAAUGCCCGGACACACAAGGCACAUACAGUCACUAAUCCUAGACAAUGAUAUAGAGUUACUAGACUGUCCUGGGUUAGUGUUGCCUGCGUAUGCUGUAGCUCCCGAUUUAUUGCUCACUGCUGUGUUGCCGAUUGACCAGAUGCGAGCUCACGACGCAGCAAUGGCGCGUCUCUGCCAAUUGGUCAGUAAACACACGUUUGAAGAGAAAUAUGGACUGCUAUUGCCAGAAAAUGAGUCUACCGAUCUUGAAUAUAAGAUGAUUCUGACUGCUCAUGCUUUCAACAGAGGCUUCAUGACAGCGGCUGGUCAGCCAGAUCAAUCCAGAUCAGCUAGAUUAUUAUUAAAAGAUGCAGCAAGUGGUAGAUUACAUUGGGAACAGUUGCCGCCUGGCUUUAAACCUGCGUCUGUUGAAAUAUUGAUAGAGGAUAAGAAGAAUGAGACGAGAAAACCCACCCCGAGGGAGGCUAGGGCUGUUGAGGGUUGGUUGAACAAAUCAACUGAAAUUGACAACGCAUUCUUCUCGAUGCAAAAAAGUGGAGCGCAUGUUAAAGGGAAACCUAUUUUGGGGAUUUCUGGAGCGCAGACAACUGAUAAAAUGGUCAGCAAGCCCUGGAAGCAAGAAAAACGUCACGCCAAUAAAAAUAAGCGGGAAAAAUUAAGAAGAGUGUAUUCACAUUUGGAUGAACAUUAAUAUUCGAUAAAUAUCAUAAAUAUCACCCAUAAAAUGUAUUUGUGUUGUAAAUACGAGGAAAAAUAAAAAUACGUAUUGAAA